AUGCUUCCGAAGGUGGCAUUGUCUUUAUCUGAUUGGGGCGGGACAUUGGACCUGACGGUGGUGCCGCACCUGCAAGAGAUGGGGAUAUCGCCUCUGGAGGACCAAAUCGUGGCAAAUGGCGAGCUAGUUCGCGAUGGACUCGCCUCGGUCGAGGGGUUGGGAACGGUGGACAUCUUGUUCGGCACGUACUACACGGUCUCUUUGCUUUGCACUAGCCAUGCAGCCAGCUUCAGGGGAUUGACGCAUGUUACCUUUCUCUUUGAGAGAACGAACGCGAGUCGGACUGCGAAAGAGCGAAGCCUCGGAGGUGGUGCCAGCGGCCUGGUUUGGCUCUACACAAGCACGGUGAUGCCAGUGACGCUGAUGAAUCUUCAGAUGAAUUCCCUGACCCACCAGCUGUAUGGUGCAGGUGCAGACUUGACCGACCAGUACGCGUACUAUCAUUUGUGUACAGCUGCCAACUUGACACAGACGGUUGGAGGAGUCACGACCAUUCAGAUCUUUGUUAGCUGCAAUUUGGCAGAGCUGGGAGGCUUGCCUUCAGAGGUGAACUACAUGUACUUGCAAUCUGCGGCCAUCGAUCACCAGUACAACUACGCCUGGUUUACUUUCAAGGAGGAGCCCACGGGCGCUCCAAGGAUCUUGGAGUACCAGCAUGACAGCCACGACUACGUACUGUGGCCACAGGAUAGUCUACCCGACAAUGCCGUAUUUUCUUCCCUCAUCCAGACCGCUCCGAGGAUCAUCUUCGCAUUGUACCCUCCAGCUCUGCAGUAUGCCAGGUUCAAUGCUGCUGGCACCAAGCUUUUCGUGUCCUUCGACACCGCUACACUGCGUGGUGCUGUCCCGGUUGACACGAAUGGCGACGACAUUCCGGACUUCUUUAACGAGGCUGACAAGGCAACGCGUGGACCGUGUGAUGACUUCAUCGACCGCUUCACAAUGAUCUUGAUCCCGGGGAGCACGUGUCAGUGGACGACUGAUGCCGACUUCUAUAUCGAAAUUCAGCCUGCGUCAACCAUUGCUCCAGGAGACCUUGCGCGCAUCAAGCCCGGAACAGUGUACAGGGGGCAGCAGCUCCCUUCUGGAGUGUACCAGUUCUCACAGCCAUCAUCAGAUUUUGCAGUUGUGGAAGCUCCGUUGGAAAUCCCAACUCCCAGGGCGGAGGUUGGCGGCCUGGCGUACAUCGACGUGUGCACUGAGCUAGUGCUCGAUGGCACCCAGUCAUCUGGCCACGGCUUUCGGGGUGCCUUCACAUGGGCACUUAGCUCCACAACGCCGCAAAAGCCAGAGCCUCACAUCCGCCAGCUGCAAAAUGUGUUGGAGUCAGCGAUGGCUGCCGAAGCUCCUGUGGCAGCACAAGUCAUUCGCAUCCCGGCGUAUCUCAUGCAAGGAGACACCCUGUACAACUUCUCAUUAACCGUGCAAUCCUUUUGGAACCCAGCUCUCUCAGACACAAUAUAUUACAGUGUGACGGUGUCGCCGCUGCCUGUUCCACCGAUGGCCGGUGAUAUAUGGCUCGUUUUCACGGCAGCUGAAGGUGCCCAAGUGGAGUGGGUGGAAAAGGGAUUUGCUAUCCUUCGGCUGAACGACGUCUUCUGGUUCGAAGGUGGAGAGUUCGCUGAGUCUGGUGUCGGAGAUCUUCCUGGAAGGGCACGCCACUUACAGUACAUUAGAAGCAAGGCAGCAUACUGGGCUGCACCUCGCCCGGCCCCUGGAUUGCCAGCCUUUUUGACUCGAGGAAAGUGCCUACGCGUCGUUUGCAUGUGCCACUUCAAGGUCAAGCCCUUUGCACUGGAGCCGCUUGAGACCUACAUCUUCACCAUAUCGGGCGAGGUCAAUGUCAGCAAUGGUACGGCCGAUCUGACGCUUCAGAACGUUGUGAGUGCAGAAGUUGAAGUGGUACUUGGCGACCUCCUGAUCAACUACUAUGGCGGGACUGGCUUUUCAUCUCGGAGGGAUCGUGCGAUUGUUGUGGAUUUCACGGAGUCACUGGAUUACUCCGACCCUGCAGCUGGCUUACUUACCUUGCCACACUGCGCAGGUGAUUGCGCACGGGUAGGAACCUACACCUACAGCUGCCAGAAGGAAGGCACACAAAAUCCCUGCUUCGCGUCGCAGGGUUCUUCAACUCAGCUGUUCGCCGACGCGUGCGUGGAUGUGGAAGACCCACUUUCACCGGGCCAAUCGAUGAAGUUCACAUACCGGGAUAAGGACUACAACCAAGCUGAUGGCAUCAGCCUUCCGCCGUAUUCAAACGUCGUGCAGCAUUGCAAGAGCGCCCCCACGACCUUUAUAUUCCAGCCAAACCUUUUUGCAACGGGCAAUUAUGUCUUCGUCGUCAACGCAUCAAAGGUUGUGAUGGGCGCUGAAAGGGUCGAUUCGGGCAGUCUUUACAUCACUGUGCAGGCAGAUACGGAAGUUGACCCCGAAAGGACUCCGUUGGUUGCGGUGUUCCUUGAAAGUCCCCAGCCGAUAUUUGCGGGCUCCACGCUGCGGUUGCGUGGGGAGAUCACCAACCCUCAGAACGACACGACUUAUUCCUUCCAAUGGACGGCAUACCGAUAUGGCCUCAAUCCUGACUACGACGCGGAAGCUGGAUCUUUUGAUCCUCUCUAUGCCAUUCCACAAUAUUCCUGGGUCGAGCUGUCACCGGUCGACUUCAAUGCUAGCGAUCUAAGCCAGGUGCGCACACCACCGGAUUCGCGCUUCCUAGUCGUGUCGCCCAACGUGCUUAUCGCCGGGCUGCGCUACAGGAUGCGGAUCUCGGUGCUGGAUGCAUACAUGUUCUCCCAAGGAAUUGAGGACUAUUUGGGCUUUGCGGAGUACACCUUCGUUUGCGCAGGUCUGCCACCAUCAGGAGGUGAACUGAUAGUCUCGAAUAUUUCUGGCACAGCUCUGCAGACCGAGUUUGUCUUCACCAUGGACGGGUUCGGAAGUGAGGAUUUACCUUUGACAUACCGCUUCAGCUACAUCCAAAACUACGAGAUGCCUUUUGCUGAAGCUGUGGAGCUCAACAUCGCGUUCACUGAGCAGAACUUCAUCAAGACCAGGCUGCCCGAGGGCCUGGUCGGAAGUCAAAACCUGCUGAGAGUUAUUGGAACGGUUAGAAGUUCGCGGGGAGCAACAGCGCAAGCUAUGGUCGACGUCUCCGUGAGUCCACCUGGGCAGCAGGCCAUCACGGACAUCGUGGAGCAGGUACCACUGGUCGAUCCGGAGACCGCUGUUUUCUUCACCACGCUGCUGGCCGACACUGAGGCGGCGUCUGAUGCGGACGUCAGCAAUGCUUUGCAGGUUACUUAUGACAAGAUGUUCGGCAGUGCACGAGCAAUUGCUGCCACUCCAGAGAUGGUCUCCACGGUUUCCGACAUGCUCACCUCCGUGAUCGACAAGGGCAUCACCACGGACCAAGUUGUCGACUUCGUGGGGACCAUGGUGAACAUGUCAGUCGACCUCGGCUACAUCGCAGCAGAUGCUUCUCUCGGAUCCACGGACCUUGUAGAUGUUGCUCUGGGCCUGCUGUACGCUCUGGAUGCCAUCAUCCCUGGUGUUGUCCCAUCCUAUGAAGAGGCGGCCGCGAGGCGCUUGAAAGGCGGCCGUGGCAUGGGUGGCAAGGUUCCGGGGCAAUGGACGCCUCGACGACUGCAGACCGAGACCAGAGAUUUCGAGACGAUGUAUCAACACUUCCUUGUGGCAACUGCAAUGAUGAAGCAGCUGACGGAUGUAGUCCAUCUGCAACUUUAUCCCGGUGAGGUGCCUGUCAGCUUUGCCCUGCCUGGCCAAGACAUUUUCAUGGGAAAAGACUUCAGUGAUGCGGAUGAAGUGGCGCAGAAUUAUGCUCGAGUCACGACGCUGUUCGACCUUCCAAGCCUAGAGCGCUCUGGGCUUCCGAGCACUUUCAACUACAGGUAUGUGCAGUUCAAGAAGUUCCCUUACGACUUCCUCGUCAUGCCUGGAAACCGAAGUUUGGAAGCGCCUGCUCCGGCGAACGAGAGCCGUCCUGAAGUGCAAAGCCUGGUGCCACCACAGACUUUCAACGCGAGCCAGAGGCCUUGGCACGCCAUGUCUCUCAUCAUUACAGACGAGGCUGGAGAAAGCAACCUCCUCGAAAGGUCCAUCGAGAACGCUUCAUUCUCAAUGUUGCCGAAGAUUGCCGCGUACGAUGGCACCAGCCUGGCCAACGUCGAGAACCCGUCCACGUGCUACUGGGUGGACCUGGGCAGCGGCAACUUCAGCGAAGCUCUGUUCGAUGCCCGUGGCUCCUUGUUCAGCGAGGAUUCUUGCAUCACCAUGCACAUGGAGAACUUUGUUGUUCUCGCUGAUGACCUUGCUGCAGAGCUUGACGUUGUCCAGCAGGAGUCUCCAGGAGAAUUGCUGAGUCAGUACGAGGAUGAUUACACGACCACGGCCAACGUCGUCACCGCGACACUCGUGCUGGUGGCUUGCGCCGGGUUCGUCAUGGUCUCCGUGUAUGUGGACGAACACGAUGCAGCGAACAAAGUCACUCCGCUGGAUAGCCUCAGAACGCAGGUCAUUGAUCGUGAGGAUCCGAAAGAGAAAGUCUUGGGGACCAUCUUCCAAUCGAUGAGGCGGAAUCACCUGGUGAUUGGUUGGAACUAUUUUCAUCUGAAACUUACACGUGUGCGAAGGGCGGGGAUCUUCGUUGUGGCAAUUUUCGCCACAGAGGCGCUGGCUGUGCUCCAGCACUCCCUUCUGGCUUUCAAGGUCGACUCAGCUUGGGGAGCCAGCGGGCUCGUCGCUGCUGUUCUGGUGUUUCCAUUGGUCCAGUUCCUGGAGUUCUGCUUUGAAUGGCUUCCACAGUCGAGGGUGCUUUCCAGACCGCCCCCACGAUCAGCACCGGCCAAGCCUAUACCGCUCAAAGAGCAGGCGCAACCGAAAGUUUGCAAGUAUCCCAAGAGGCCUGCAGUGGGUAAAGUUCGUCCACCACAGCCGAAAGCACUACCACGGGUCGAGCAGAGCUUGCAACUCCCGGCCGGGGCCCUGGAGCAGACACGCAGACACGAGGAGACACCAGGUCACUAG